AUGGAGGAAGGAACCGGUCCGCUACAAUCAGAGCCUCCUCCACUUCCCUAUACUCUUCGCACUCGCAAGAAGUCCAUCGCCCUCUUCUGGACCAUCUUCGUCAUCGACACACUAGGCCAGCCAGUCGCUCUUUACUGGGGGUUAUGGUACGGCACGAACCUUUCUCAUAACUUGGUCUUCUCUAUCGUGACGGCAUGUCUUGGAGGUGUCUCAGUCUUUGAAUACUUCUUCCGUCUGUAUAACCUGUUACGCAAAGGAUCGCGCGCGCGACCUUUGAACGCGCGGGAGGGAUGGCUGGACUUUUUUCACAUCAACUUCACCAUAGUAUGGCUGAUUCUAGCCGUUGAGCUGAUCGUAGGAACAGUUCCUGAAGAGCCUUACGUGCGUCUGGUCGCAAUGGUUCUCCCAACCGUCAUGUUUUACUUCGGCUUCGUCCACCUUUCCCUCGAUAUCCUCCGCAUGUGUCGGAAAAAGGCGCCUUUCCGUAUUUCCUCUACACCCAAGGGAUCCGUAAUGCCGACCGCAUUAUACGCAUUGAUCGAAGAUGUGGUUGCUGUGGAUGGCGGAGGUGGACAGAUAUACCGCUAUGCGCUGCGGACCCGAUACCUCUCGAGCCCAUACUUCCGCCGAAUGCUCUUCGAAAUGAACUGUUUCUGGAGUGGAGGAUCGAUUAUCUGUGCCGGAGCCAUUACCGCCAUUGUCUUCACUGUUGAAGAAUCGGUCGCAUUCACUCUGGGCUGGGCCCUUCCAUUCGCCUGGGCGGCUGUGUGGACAUUAAUCACUAUCCCGUGGGUUCAGAGCGACCUGCGCCGCGAGAAGGAGAACUGGAGUCAGAACCGCGAUCAAGGCGGCAUUCCAUGGGUGGAUGACAUUGACGCUCCUACCACUCGAACUCGGCUUGAAUCAGUGCAUGAUCGUAUUCCCAGCCUUUUCCCGUGGAACCGUGAGAAGAAGAGCGCUCCUUCGACACCCUCUGCGGAUGGUGCGGAUGGUGUUCAAAAGUCAGAAAUUCAGCCCGAUGUCGGAGCUACAGCAGCUGCGCGCGACCAGGCUCCAGAGGGUAUUUCCGGCAAUCCAGCACCCGCCGCAGCCGAGGAGCCAACGACUGAAAAAGCAGCUGAGGCGGCUCAUUGA